GUGAUGUACUUGGAAGUUCUGUUAUAAUUUCAAUGUUAGACUUACUUGCUGAUUGUACAACGAAGUUUGUUUUACAAGUGGAAUGAAUCAUGGCUAUUAGUGUUGCAGUUAUCCAAUACUUAUUUCUAUUUGCAAUUAUUUGUGCUGUUCUUCGUGGUUUUGGAGAUAGUUUGAAGGGAACUGUGACAAUAUUUUACCUGGACAAAAAUAUUAAGAAGAAGGCAGUAUAUAGUUCUCCAAACAAGGAUCACAAUACUGCUAGCCGAAGAAAAGAACUGCAUCGAGAAACAUCAAGAUCAGUGCGAGAAGAAGAACCAAAAGUUUUGAAGAGGACUUUACAGUGUUGUGCGCUAAAUGGUGGAGUAUUCUGGUGCAGCCUCUUGGUCUUUGAGUGUGGUCUCCUACCGCUGUUGAAGUAUCUCCUUACAAUCUUGUUUGGCCACUCUUCAAGUACAGGAAAAUCACUUUGGUCAUGGAUGAAACUUUUCCUGUCUUGGACAUUUGGUGCCUUUUGGGUGCUUCCAUUGUUUCUGCUUAGCAAAAUUGUGAAUAGCCUGUGGUUCCAGGACAUUGCUGAUUCAGCAUACCGAUACAGCAGAGGCAGGCCACAGCUUCUGUCGAGUUUCAGCAAGCUGAUAGCAGACACACUGUUUAGUGUCUUGGUUCAGGCUUUGUUCCUUGUGCAGAGUACACUCGUUAGUAUGGUGCCUAUUGUGUUUCUUGGAGAUGCGCUGUGCCUUGUGCACAUGUGUUUGCUCUACUCUUUAUACUCCUUUGAGUACAAAUGGUUCAACAUGGGAUGGGAACUGCACAGGCGGCUGACAUUCAUUGAAAGCAAUUGGCCAUACUUCAUAGGUUUUGGAUUGCCUUUAGCUGUUCUGACAGCUCUUCCCAGUUCAUUUUUCAACAGUGGGUGUGUAUUUUCCAUUCUAUUUCCAUUGUUCAUAAUAAGUGGAAAUGAGGCUGAUCCUGUGACUGGAGUCUGUGACUACCCUCUGCAGUUGUUUUCACCUGUUAUUGCAAUUUCAAAUGCACUUUUUAAUCGGACAAUCAGGCCAAGAACAAUAGAACCCUCUAAUGUGCGCAGGUGAUGACUGUAUAUUGCGCAAUACUCGGAGAAUGUGACUUUGGAAGAAAACUUUGUAACACAGGGACUGUGUGUUUGAAUUAAUUUCUAUGUGAAAAGUUUAAAUGUAGUUUUGAAACUACAUGCCAUGAACAGAAUGUAAUGGUUGAGUUAGUGAUAAACACAAUUUUACAGUUCCACAGCCUGUGCAGAGCAGUGAUUGCCCCAUCUGUGUAGUUGUGUUCUAGUAUGUGACACAUCUUGAAGACAGUCAUCAAUUAAUGAUUUUAUUCUUGAUUAUAAAACAGCCAUUUUUUUAUAAUUUUGUAAUCUCCCAUCACUGUUGUGGGUGUAUGUGGAUAAACUUCAUUUGUACCUAAUGAAAACAAUGAAAAACAUUUCCAGCUAUAGUUAAUAUGAAAAUAUGGCAGACACAUACAUACUAGUAAUUUGCUAUUAUUACUUAUUAAUGAAGUAUGGGGUUUACAAGAAGCCCAUAAUCUAAUCACAAGUUCCUAAAUGUUGUAAAUGUAAAUCUAGGUAUAUAAGAAACAUUUUAAUACCAGCAGUUGGGCUUUCAAACUUGUUUGAUUAUCAUUCACAAGUAAUAAUUAUAUCCAUGCUGCCUUAUAAGUUGUAGCAAUAAGUGAAAAACACUUUUCUUUCUGCUUUUGGUGAAUUGAAUACAAGUACCGAAAUUAGAAAGAUGUGGGUGUGAAGAUUAGGAGAACAGUCAAAAGAAAUGGCAAUGCAUAGUUCUGCAAACAUAUUCAUGUUUCUUAUUUUUAUUUUUUUUGGUUAUAAGAAAUAUUUGAAGAUGAGAAGUUCAGGAAGUGGAAGUAAGUUAUUUGCUUGACCAAAUUAUUUUAACUGAUAAAGCUAAAAUAAUUUGUAUUACAGUCUACAGUGAUCAGUCCAUAAAUGUUGGAUGAAUGACAUAGUUCUGUUCCAGGCCUAGUAUUUCAUUCACAUUUCUUGAUAAACUUGUUUGGAGACUUUUUCUUAGUCUCCAGCACCAGUUUAUCCAGAUGAUCUUGAAUGUUUUUAUCCCCCUACAAGUAUAUGUAGAACACCAUAUGAGAAAGCACAGAGGAAGGUUGCGAUCUUCUUGAUUAUAUGUUAAACUGUCUUUGCAUUACUUGAAAAUCAUCUUGAGUGAUUGGCUGUGUGAAAGUUAAAAACUGACCCAUGGUCAUUACCACACAAUCGUGUUGAUGGAGAUAGUAGAUAUCUGAAACAUCAGAUUUCAGUACAUUCAUUUCAUGUUUUGCUGCUUCAGAGUUCCACUUUUGCAAUGUUUCAUUGGUGACAUGUUUAAACUGGCAGCAGUUGCAGCUUCCUUUAGUCUGAUGUGGAAAUGUCAUUAAAUUUUAGUGAUUAAAAAAAAACUUUUUGGUUGAUUUAACCCUACAAUGUAAAAACAGCUGUCCCGCUACACACCAUGUAGGUCAUUUGGAGGGAGUGGAGGUGUAGCUCCUACUCUUUCUUGACCUCAGCAUUAGAUGGGGAUGAGUGGUCAGUAUAACUCCCAGCCACGCUUUACCCCCGGGAAAGGACCCUGGUACCCAUUGGAUAGGAGGCUGGGUGGACCCCAGAGCCGGUGUGGAUGCAGAGGCUAGCGUAAACCCUACAAUGUACAAUAUUGAAAAUCAUGCUUCAUUUUGUUGAUGCUUCUCGCCUCUUUAUAGGUCCUAAGAUGAUACUGUGUCAUUUAAAUAUUGACUGGCUAUAGAAAAAAAGAAUAAAAGAAAUAAUAAUGUCCUGUUAUGUUAUGCUUGGUCAAUUUGCUUUUCAUUAAUUGUGACCCAAGAUAGAAAAGGAACUCUGCUUCUAUUCCUUUAGUGCAUGAUCUUGUCAUCUUAUUAUUUAAUAUAGUACUUGAUAAAUUUGUAGAUGAAAUGAAGCAGGUAAAGGUGCGAGGAAGAUUUAGAUGUAAGUUUGAAUGCACUUGUUCACAUUUUGUGUCCAGGCUUUUUGUAGUGAUGGGCAUGAUAUAAGAAAGAGGAAACUGAAAACUAUAAUUUGCUUAAGUAUGAUUCAGAGAAAGGGUAAAAUGAAUAUUCAUUUAAAGUGGAAAUGUCAUCAUCAGAAGAAGAUGAACCAUUUUUAGGCAGCUCCCUAUUGCUUAGUCUCUACUACUUGACUUGGGAUUUCUUUCUUUGUAUUUAAAGAAAUAUUAUGAAUAUAAGAGCAGUAAUCCAGAGACCUGAUAUUAAUGUUACUGAUUUUGGAAACUUGCUCUGAAAUCUUGAUAACAUUAACAAUCAUGUUUUAUUUACAUAAAAGAGAGUAGUUAUUCCAAUUUAAUCCUGUGUUAAGAGAAGUCUUCACUCACGUAUUUAUUUCUUUAUACCCCCACAUGUUGUUUUAUUGUAAAAUAGUUUUACUUGAUUGUUUAAUUCAAUGAUGUGGGCAGAAAUUAACAUGUUUGCGCUGAGUUUGGUUUGUUAUUAAUUAACUUGAACAUAUAUCUCAUUUAGUUAGUGACAAUAUUUAAAUGAUUGGGUAAAUGGGGCAAACUUCUUGCAUUGUAAUUAUUUGCUUUAUUUUAUUUUUAUUAUAUUUUUAUCCAUGAUAUAGUUCUUACAUUAUUCUUGGACAAAUCAUUAAUAGUGCCAUGCAUGUAAAAAUAAUGUUUCAGUGUCUCUGAACAGUUAACCAGGCUUAUGGUCAAUGUACUGCACUUAGUUUGGAUAAGAUUAAUUAAUUACAUCUAUAUGUCAGACUAAAAAUAUUAGAGCAGCAUUUAUUACCAUGUACCUCAAACAAUGCUAAAACAUUUCUCAUAAAACACUAAGUUUGGGGUGCUGUGAAUAAACCUAAAUGUUAAUUUUAAGUUUCUUAAUCAUUUGUGGUCUGCUGGUUGCUUUGUUGCUCAGCUGUAAUGUUCUUAGUUGGAACCUAAUAACAUGAUAUUGAAGUAAUUUCUUCACAUCCAAAAACAUAGACAGCAGUACUGUAAAUUAUAAUGGCUCUGUUUAAUUUUCAAUAAUCUUAAUGCAUUUUGAAGGGUAUGGGUUAGGAAACUGAAAAAGAAAUCUGAAAUGGAAAACAUUAUUUCAAAGGAAGUUCUAGAGCUAAUGACACAUAAUUUGUAAGUAAACUGAUUAUAGUAUAUUGGCUAUUACAGUGCUUUAAAUUGGAGAAUGCGUAAAGCAUUUAUGAAUUUGAGAAAGGUACAAACAAACCCCAUGUUUUCCACUUUCCGUGUUCUGUAGAGUGCAAGCAAAUCUUCACUCUCUUGAGGACUGUAAGCUUCUGAUAUGUACAGGGGACUGAUUACACCAAGUGCCAGUUAAUUUUCUUCUUUGUCUUGACGUUCUCACCGAAAGCUUGUAUGUUAUUUUGAGAGGAAAGAAACUCACUCUGGCAGUGUUUUUUGGCCCCUUAAAGAUCACUCAAAAUUUUCAGGUUUUUAUCAUAAAAUCUGAACAGUAUUUAUCUAAUACAUUGUUGAAGUUACUGUGUCUAUAAACAAAGAUAUAUUUUGUGUCCAUUUUUAUCAGAAAGGAAAUUUUUUGAUGCUAGUAUUUUUUAUGACAUUUUCAGAUGAAGCUUUGAAUUAAUGCAGUUUAUACAAGUAAAGUUUAUUGUACAAAUCUUAAAUAUAGACUGAUAUAUAUCGUGCCCACCACUCUGCAUGUCAAUACACUGCUGAUAUGCAGUGAAAACAAUUUCAUUAUGGCUACAAAAUUGAAAGGUUUUAUAUGCAUGAAGGAUAUACAUGUAAAUGUCUUGAAACAGGAUUUCAGUUUAGCUUGUUAUAUGUAUGUGUGAAAUGAAGGCAAAUUAGAGUAAAGCACUGAGUUUAAAAUAUUGUUAAUAAAAUAUAAGAACUAAGAUAAAUCAUAUUCUUCUUGGGAAAAGUCAUUGACUGAAUUUUGAUGUAUGGUAGAUUAUACAUAUUGAACUAAAGACUACUUGCUAAACAGAGUUUCAGUAUGUUUGAUUAUGGUAUUUAUACUGACAAAAAACAGAUAUUAGUGUAUAUGAAGAGAGUACGAGUAAGCAGUAGUAUACGUAAUUAUUUGGCUCUCUUGGGUAUUGUAUGUAAAAUAGUAGUGUCAUUUGCUAAUCAGUAGUGAACAGGUACUUCCAUUAUACUUUGAGAAGUAACAUUUACAGUUGCAGAUUUUUCACCCACAAACACAUAAAACGAUUUGAACUGUACAGCAGAUUUAAAGCAAAUUGAAUUGAAAAUGGAUUGCCUUAAAUCAUCAAUUUUCAAUGUUUCAUGGUCUUAAUAUAUGUGUACUGAACUGAUUACAUUGUGUAGAAUGAAAUGCUUGUCUGUGAAUUACUUGCUGUGAAAAAAGAAAGUGUGACUUGCCUAAUAUUUUAGAGCUCUGCUCGAGUUAAAUUUUUGAAUCAACCUUCUGCAGUCAGCAACAUAAUAAGACAUAUUGUACUUCAGUGCAGUACUGUUAUGGGUUUACAGCACUGUAAUGGUUAUUUUAGUGCAAAUGUGUAAAAUACUGUAUUUUCUUAACUUCAAAUGGUUUUCAUUCAUGUAUCAAAUAUCACUUAUGAAGACAUAUUAGUUACAAAUUUAGCAUGAAUCAGUUAACUGUGUGUAAUGUUUACUGCAGUGCAGUAUAAAGAACAUCUGUUUGUAACUUUCAUUAGGAAAAAGAGGAAAAUGUUGGUAUCACAUGGGUUUAACACUUUUCUGGCCUGUUAAUGACAUAACAGUUUUAGCAAUUCACCUUAUUUUUACCGUAGGAUUCUGUAACACUUGUUUAAAGAACUUGCAUUGUGCACACUGAAUUUUGUUAGAUUUUAUGCCACACUGAGGUCUGUGUUAAAGCGAUGCAAUACUGGUAAGUAAGCAAUAGUUUCCUUCUUAUUUUGAUAAUAUUAAACACAUGGUAGCUUGGUUUACACUUCAGUUUUGUAGCUGAAAUAUGGUUCUGAGCAAUGCAAUGUAUGUACAGAUUAUAGUAUCACAUUUCCUAGUUAAGAAUCCAUUCUUAAUCUUUGUUGUUUUGGCAUACUUUCUGACUUAUUGGGUGUGCUCAUGAAUAUAUGAGAGAAUGCUUUCAACAAACAGUUAAAUGUAUUCAUGGCUACAAUUUAAGAUGUAAUUUUAGUUGAUUUUGAUAUAAAGAUAUUUUGACUCAG